UACAGAAACCUACAUCAAACGUAUUAAUGAAGCCGCAAGCUCACUUAAACCGAAUUAUGACCCAAUUACUCCAAAACCAGAUAAAUAUGAUUCUGAAUCUUGGCUGAAUUACAAUCGUGAGAUGCAAGACAAGAUAACACAAGAAAUGAUUAAUUUAAACUGGAUUGAAUUUUAUAACAAUAUGAGUCGUUACAUAACUCAUUAA